GUCGAGAGGCGGGACUCUCGGUAAAGCCAGUCGCUGGAGGUGCCCGGCGCAGCCACAGCCAAUGGCUUUGGGGCGGGGUGUCCAGACGCUCCCACAACUCGGCUAUGGGACGAUGGCGACGAGCCGGCAGCUCGCGCUGCAGAAGCUGCGCCAACUAGGCUGGGUGCGGGGCUCGGGCCCGGCCGUGCUGAGGCGCCUGCAGGAUGCGGCCGUGGUGCGGCCCGGCUUCCUGAGCGCGGCUGAGGAGGCGACGCUGAGGAGCGAGCUGGAGCCCGAGCUACGCCGCCGCCGCUACGAGUACGACCACUGGGACGCGGUGAGGCGCCGGGGACCGGGCCGCGUCGGCGCAGAGCCUGCGCAUUGCAAAACCAGAGGGGCUAUCCAUGGCUUCCGUGAGACCGAGAAGUCGCGCUGGUCGGAGGCGAGUCGGGCCAUUUUGCAGCGUGUGAAGGAGGCCGCCUUUGGCCCUGGCCAGACUUUACUCUCCCGCGUGCACGUCCUGGACCUGGAACCCCGUGGCUACAUCAAGCCCCACGUGGACAGUGUCAAGUUCUGCGGAGGCACCAUCGCCGGCCUGUCCCUCCUGUCUCCCAGCGUCAUGCGGCUGGUGGACACCCAGGAGCCCUCAGAGUGGCUGGAGCUCCUGCUGGAUCCUGGCUCCCUGUACAUCCUGAGGGGCCCAGCCCGGUACGAGUUCUCCCAUGAGAUCCUCCGGGAUGAAGAGUCCUACUUUGGGGAGCAGCGGGUUCCCCGGGGCCGACGCAUCUCUGUGAUCUGCCGCGCCCUCCCUGAUUCAGGAGAGCUGGGGGACCCCGGACAGGAGCCUGCAGCCUGCUGAUGGCAGGCCCCUUCCCCAGCUGCUUGCUGCCCUGCGUGGGCGAAUAAAUGAGAGGAGGGAGGA